CCAUGAUACAAUCUUAUUCAAAUAUACUGAAAUAGAUUUUAAAUAUUUUAACAAUAGUUAUAUUUUGGAAUAGUAUCAAGAUAUCGAGACUCACAUCAAGUGCUGAGAAAUUGGGCCUUUUGGAUUUGAAAAAGCCCAUACCCAAAAUCCGUUAAACCCAAUUCGCCCAACUAACUUCAUUCACGCGCCAAUUUCGCUAUGUUCACGCGCACCCAACGGUCUUCAGUUCACUCUUCACUCCCCAGCUCGCCGAGAUCCCCAAACUCCGAGUCCGAACGGCCUCUCCACAAUCGCCGGUUCAUGUCGAGCUCCUCCUCCUCCGCCGCCGCCGCCGACAGCGCAUCGCCGGACCCUCCGCCAAUCCUAAUCCCCGGACUUCCGGACGACGUCUCUCUGAACAUCCUAGCUCGCGUCCCGCGCUCCCACCACCCGUUCCUCUCCCUCGUCUCCAAUCCCUUCCGCUCCCUCCUCUCGUCGCCGCUCUUCUACGCCGCCCGCUCGACCUCCCACUCGGCGGAGCCUUUUCUCUACCUCUGCGUCCGCAUUGCCGGAUCGAUUUCGGUCAAUUGGUUCACGCUCUGCUGCAACUCCUCAAACCCUAGAAAUGCUCGGAGAAUCCUCGUCCCUCUCCCGCCGCCUCCUUCGGCACUCGUCGGCUCCGCUUACGUCGCCGUCGGACCCAAGAUCUACGCGAUCGGCGGGUCGAUCGAGGACGUCGCGUCCCCGCACGCGUGGUCGCUCGACUGCCGGUUCCGCACGUGGGAGGCUCUCCCCAAUAUGCACAUUUCGCGGGAGUUCCCCGCGGCGGGCGCGGUGGACGGGAAGAUCUACGUGAUCGGCGGGUCGGUAGUGGAUACGUGGUCUCGGUCGAGGAAUUGGGCGGAGGUUUUCGAUCCGGCGACGGGGAAAUGGGAAUCGGUAGAGAGUCCGGGGGAGGAAUUGCUGCGGGCGAAAUGGAUGCACGCAAGUGCAGUGAUCGACGGCAGAAUUUACGCUAUGGCGGAUCGGAACGGCGUGGUUUAUGAGCCGAGGAGUGGGAAAUGGAGGAGCGUGGAGAAGAGGCUGGAUUUAGGGUGGAGGGGAAGGGCUUGUGUGGUUGAUGGGAUAUUGUAUUGCUAUGAUUACUUGGGGAAGAUUCAGGGGUUUGAUGCAGGGGAAGGUGUUUGGAAGGAGCUGAAAGGGUUGGAGAAGAAGCUGCCGAAGUUUCUUUGUGGAGCGACAAUGGCGAAUGUGGGAGGGAAGCUGGUGGUGGUUUGGGAAGGGAAAGGAGAAGGUGGUGGUGGGCAGAAGAGGAAGGAGAUGGAGAUUUGGUGCGCUGAGAUUGAGUUGGAGAAGAAAGGCGGAGGAAAGGAGUUGUGGGGGAAUGUGAAUUGGUGUGAUGUUGUUCAUAAGGUUCCUAAUGGGUCUUCAAUUGUUCAUUGCCUGGAUGUUACAUUUUGAUCUCUCAGGCUUCUGCAAUGGUAUGACGAAUCAGAACCAAGAUGAAUAUAUGUGAUAUCUUUGCUCUAUCAUCUUCUGAGAUUAACAUCUCGCCAUAAUCCCAGGCCCUGCCAGCCACGGGGAAUAAGGCGCGUACCAAGCUGUGAUCUCUGUUCUGUACUAUUCAAAACCGGUUGAGCUAUGAACCAGACUGCUGUAACUGUAAAUGUGGGUAGUAAUGAUCCUGUUGUAAUUGUCGAGUUAUUAUUAUCAUUGUAAACAAUGCUGGAGGGAAUGGACCCAUGAUGUUGUAGAGUGUCCUGUUACUGUAAUUUGCGAGGUUCUUAUUAUCAAGGUACUCACCCAACCUCGAUUCAUUGUCAUUAAUCCUUGUAAGAACAUCAGCCACCUGAGUACUCUUUGAAAUAAGCAGUGUAGAUAGCAUAGCAGAAAUGGUGAUUCUGAUUGCACAACUCCACACACCAUUAUUGGAGUCAUGGAGAUCUAUUGAAGAUCCAUCAUAUACUAGAAAGUGGAAAUAUUAUCUCUUUGAUCUCAUAUAUUUACUGUGUUGCCAGUAAGAUGCUAAUGGGGAAGCCAUUGUACUCCAC